CACAUCGUCAAGGCUCUUCUCGAAAAGAACUAUAAGGUGGUUGGUACAGUCAGUUCCGAAGCCAAAGGCCAACAUCUUAUGGGGUUGUACCAUAAUCCCAACUUUAGCUACGAGAUUGUUCCCGACUUCAUUGCUCCAAAUGCUUUCAGUGCUGCUUUCCAAAACAACCCCUCCACUGUCGACGUGUUCCACACUGCAUCCCCAGCAUCUCUUGCCAGUACCAACUUCGAAGAG